CAAGCAGCUGCUAAUAGACAGCGAAGGACUAUGUAUAAAUAAAUGGGGGGAGUCGGGAGUUUAAAGCCCAAUGAGAACAGCUGACCGUCGAGUGCAGAAGCAGAGAGAGGAAAGCAAGGGAAAAGGAGACUGGACCCACUUUCUGUGGAGCUCACAGGGAUUUACCAGUUACCUUCUUAAUGAUCCUAAGUGCACAAAGCAUUGAAAGCAUUGCCUUCAAUGAACUACCGCAAAGUCUGUACGAGGAACUGCAUCUGAACUGGAAGACUGUGCCUGUCUCUGCAUAUUCGUGAUAGCUCCAUCCUGCAGGUUGCUUGCUUAGAUUUGUGUGCUGUGUCAAAAUGCCUCUCAACAAUGAGCAGAAUAGUGAAUGUGAUUCCUCAAGAUUCUCUGAAAGUGCAGCUUCUUCUUCCAGUGACUCUGAAUACUCCAGGCAGAGUUUCACCAGUGAUUCCUCAAGCAAGCCAAGCUCCCCAGCAUCAACAAGCCCUCCUAAAGUGGUUACUUUUGACGAAAUGAUGGCAGCAGCCAGAAACAUGUCAAAUUUGACCCUGGCUCAUGAAAUUGCUGUUAAUGAGAACUUCCACAUGGAACGCAUAGAACAUCCUCAGAACAGCUUGCCUGGAAGAGUAAAACAAAUUGUACACCAAGCAUUCUGGGAUCGCCUGGAGGAAGACUUGAAUGAAGAUCCACCUGAAUAUGAACAUGCCAUUAAGCUGUUUGAAGAAAUCAAAGAGAUCCUUCUUUCUUUCCUGAAUCCUGGGGCUAAUAGGAUGCGAAGUCAAAUCUGUGAAGUCCUAGACGCAGACCUCAUAAGGCAGCAGGCUGAACACAAUGCGGUUGACAUCCAGGGCAUUGCAAACUACAUCAUCAGCACCAUGGGGAAGCUGUGUGCCCCAGUAAGGGAUAAUGAUGUGAACCAGUUAAAAGCCACCGAGAAUAUUGUUGCAUUGUUGAGGCAAAUAUUCCAUGUUCUGGAUCUCAUGACAAUGGAUAUGGUUAAUUUCACCAUUCAGAGUCUUAGACCUCAUCUUCAGCGUAACUUGGUGGAUUACGAAAGAGCGAAGUUCCAAGAUAUACUUGAAGAAACACCAAGUGCCCUGGACCUGACCACAGAAUGGAUAAGGGAAUCUAUUCAGGAUGAAUUAUCUUCUGUAUCCUGUGAAACCUCUUCCCCUCCUGGUGCUAAUGGGACCUCUAAACCAAAUCUGAGCCCUACUUCGGUGCUAACCAACAGCUACUUGAAAUUAUUAAAAUGGGAUUACCAGACAAAAGCAGUUCCUGAGACGCUCAUGACAGAUGAAGGCCGCCUUCAGGAGCUAUCAGAGAAGUUGUAUCAGUUGAAGAUUAUAGCAUGCAUCUCUCUCAUUACAAGCAACGUGUUGGCUUCGGUUAUUGAAGGCAUUCCUACGUUUGUGGAGAAACAAAAGAGUAUUGCAUUUGUCUUGCUUGAUGGUUUGAAUAAGAAGAAUUUCAAUUUAAAAGAAGCUCUUAAUGCAAUAGGUAUCCAGACAUGUAGUGAAAUAAACAAGUCACUGACUGAGAGAAGUUUUCCACCACUGAAUAAGGAAGUCCAAGCAAAUUUAGUGGGUCAGCUCUGCAGCAUUGUUGAUGAGGACAAUUCUAUCAGCUCUUUAAUUGAUAAACGGAUUCAUUUAUACAUGAGGAGCCUCCUUGCAUCUCCAUGCCUCCAAAAGUCUAUGCCUGCAAUUCCAGGAGGCCUUGUGGUGGUUCAGGCUGAAAUGGAGACCAUUGGUACACAAUAUGCCAACAUUGUUAACCUGAAUAAACAGGUGUAUGGACCAUUCUAUGCAAAUAUUCUUCGAAAACUGCUUUUUGGCAAUGAUGAAGUCAACAAAACAGAACUUGCACCUUCUACUAAAUGAAAUAUUUUGGAUCUAUUUCGUUCCUUCGUUUUUUCACAGUAUUUAUAUCUUGAUUUGUACUUGUAUCCUUCCAAACACGUGUAACUUACAAUGACUGUUAAUAAGAAAGAUAAAAUAACAUGUCUAAAUGGAUUUGACUAUAACAAUUAUAUUGAAGUACAAAUUCCCCUGGAUUCCUAAUUUUUUAAAAAGGCUAAAUCUAGAUACAGUAGACCCAUUACAUGAAGUUCAUUGGUUCCAUGGGUCUGCUUUAGUUUGCAUUCACAAUUAGCUUAGCUCAAACAUUUUUAUUUGAAGAGAUGAAUUCUCUUUAUAAAGAUGGAUGUAUAUUGCACUAGGUUAAUGCAAUUGUUUUUCUCUUUCAUUCAUAUAUAUAUAUGAAUGAUAAAUAUUUGCUGACUAGCCACUAAUGCCUCUUUCAGAUGUUGAAUAUACUUUACUCUAGCACCUUUAUUGCAGACAAACUUUAUGGAGAUGAGAGUUAAUUUGAAUUAAAACAUUAGGACCUGACCCAUACCUUCUUCUCCCAAAGUGGCUUGCUAAUAAAAUAGUGAUAUUAUUCCUUCUACUACUCUUUUACUUAUGAAUUGGCAAAUGACAUGGACAGUUGGGCAUAGAAGGACAAGCGAUAUUCUUUAGAGUUUACUAGACUUUCUACUUUUGGCAUUCUUUUAUCCAUUUUCCAUAGCAAUCCAAUCCCACACAACAAAGAUAUGUUAAAAAAUAAACUGAUUGUCCCAAAGAAUUGAGAAUAUAUAUAUGGAGAGAGCCUGUUUCUAAAUUAGUGACAUUUAAAUAUCUACCGUGACCCUGCCUUAUUAGAAAUGUUUCUUGCAUACUUUUGACUAAAGUCAGAGGAUCAUUUUAAUGUAGCAGAUCUCUUGAGAGCCUGCAGUAUUAUUUGUACAUAGGCAAAAUUUAUAGCAUCUUUAUAUAUAUUCAGACUAUUGAAAAUAGAAGGGCUCAGUACAUUGGAUAAUACAGUCCUUCUUUUUGUACCAUAAUGAACAAACAUUUGCUCUUAGGAUGUGUAUAGCAUUCUGUCACUGUGAUUCAAAUGUUGAAUUCUAUAAAUGCAAAUACAUGUCUCUAAAUCAUCCCUACUGAUAGUUUAUAUCUCUGAAUUGUAUUUUUAUAAAAUUUCAUCUUAAACUAUACAUUGGGAACAAGGUGGAAUUUACUUAACUCUAUAAUGCUUCUGAUCACACACACUAAAAAAGAAACUAAAUAUCAGAAGCAUUGCAAUU